AUGGCAGCUCAAAGUCUAUUGGAACUUAUUAGAGCAAGCAAUGAUCUCAAUUCCACCUUGAUGAAGUGGACAAUUGAUUGUAUCGAGUAUGCUGCGACCUUAGAUGACGAGUCGAAGAUCAUAUCUACAGAGGAUAUGGAAACAAUUAAAAUAAAGAAGAAUGAAAUUACCGAAUAUAUCAAAUACUCAACUAGCUUAGAGUCAGAAGAAAAUCAAAACUCUCACUUGGUUAUUUUAAAGCUGUCAUACCUAUGCACACUACUUCUCAAAUUACUGCAAGAUGAAGAAGGAGGAGCUAUUUUUGAUAUGGCGGAGUUACUGACUAAAAUAUUGAAUGACGAGAUAGUUUGUAGUACUGAAGAUGAUUCUGACAAAAAGAAAAAGAAGAAGCUAUCGAGUAGCAAAUCAUCAACUCACAGUAUCGCAAAAGACAUUGCCUCAACAAUUUUGAUCCAGAUGAAUGAAACAUUUCCGAAGGAUUUAUCCACAUUGGCACCUAUAAUUAUGACCACCGCAUUAAAAUGCUUAAAAAAGAACAUUGAGAAAUCGAAAUACAGACAUGCGACUUAUAUGACAACGCUAAUGCAAUUAAUAAACCGUGUAGUACGGUUUGCAAAUGAAAGAGAUGUAGACCAACAGAUUUACGCAAAAAUAUCUAAGUUCUCGAAAUCUAUAUUUGAUUCUAUGGCGACCGAUAAUCAAGAGUAUCCAAUCGAGUUUAUAGCUUCUCUAUUAGACAUCUGGUCCCAUCAUUACACUUCUGAUACUUACAUUAAAGAACAUAAAAAUGAUUUAUUGGAGCAUAUCCAUUCAAAAUUAUGUGUAAGUAUCAUGGGAAUUUAUGCUUUUUCUAAUGAUAAAACAAGAAUCGUAUUUGCGAGAACAAUUGCUGAUAUCUUGUUUUCUUUACAUUUUUCAAAACAAUUAAUAUCUUUAGAGGAUGCGCUAGACUUUUAUGUGCAAUUAUUUUGUGAAUCAAAAUCCAGGGAUAUAAAGUCUGGUUGUUUUGAGUCCCUAAUUCAUUUCAUUAGUCUGAAUAACAACGUGAACCACAGCUAUUUGAAGGGGACAAACUAUCUAAAAAUCGUUAAACAUUUGUCUACAAUUUUCCUUGAUUAUAAUAUAAAAAAGAAGCAUCUAGACUCAUUAUCGAGGUAUAUGAGAUAUUUCACAUAUAUGCAUAGAAUAUUUCUACCCAGAAUUGGCGAAUCUAGCAAAUGCCAAAUGCUACUUAAUAUUGUAGCUAUUAAAACCGAUGAUUCUGAAGGAGGCACUGAAGAGGUUAUUAAGACUCUAUCGCAAUCAGUCGAAAAUCAAUGGGCCACAAUGGUUCAGUUAAAUCUUUUGACGUUAUUGUUAGAAGAUCUCUCUUCGACCUUUGCAACCGACAAAUCUCUUGCACUCAAAAUGAAAGAUGCCUUAGAAGAGCUUGUGGUAAGUAACAUAUUUGCCCUGAGAAUAUUCUCAACUGAGACGUUUGUUACUUUUUUAAAACAGUUUCCUAGUUUCAUCAGUGAUGUAAUCGAGAAGGGAUUGACAGCAUUGACCAAAAACUUCGAAAACACUGAAAAUUUUGAUUUUUCAGUUAAUCAUGGUCUUGCUUAUAUGAUUGCAAACCUUAUAAAGAUAUGUGAUAGUGAUUUCGUUCCUUACGAACUAAUAAUGCGCAUUACAGUAUUUGCAACAUCGUAUAUAAAAAAUCACACUACCACUACCAAUGGGGAUGUUUAUUUUAAAGGGCUUAUUUGCUGGAUACUAAUGACCGGUCUAAUGAAUUACCCCGAUGAACAAUACAUUAACAUGCAAAAACCUCAGUUGCAGUUAUUCUGGAAAGUCUUGCUAACUCAUACAUUUUCCUAUAAUUCUGAGGACGAGUUAUACAAAAACCUAGAGAUAAGGAACCAUGCAAUGGCUUGCCUGAUUUCAUUUUUGAAUAAUUGCAAAAUUGAUGAAGAUCUCGCAAAUCAAGUUUCAUAUCUCCUAACAAAAUGCUCCAACUUCAAUCAUUCAGUUUCAACUAAAUCAAAAAAUAUUGAUAACGCUUUGAUUCAAAAUGAACAUAGGAUACUUCAAGUUUAUCUUUGUCUAAGAAAGUUUAUUAAAUCUGAUUUUAACAGCUCGUUAUUAAUAUUGAUCCUAAGAAACUUCUCAGAUGUGAACUUAUACACCAUGAAAACAACAUCCAUACUAAAUUCUGUCAAGAAAAUUGGUGGAAAAAAAUCUGAUAGUAAGGAUGAUGAUAAAGAUCCUGUAGUUGAUUACAGUGUAUCUUCAUUACUAAGACAGAGUGAUCCUUUUGCAUAUGGGCUAUCAAGCAAGAUAUUCGAUGAUCAAAAUGGUAAAGAAUCAAUAGAGUAUCCAAUGUCAGAAUUAAAAUAUACUGACAUCAAACAUUGGUUUCAGCCAUACGAGUUUGAAGUGAAAAGAGCUGUAUCUCCAACAAUUUUAUUUGAUUCACUUUCGAUGCUGUACAAGAACUUACCUCCUUUGGACCACGAUGUUGUAAGGGUCACAACAUCUCUGAUCGACUCUUCAAUGGAGUUAUUUGCAACAGUCUUUCCGUAUUUGAAUAGAAAAAUCCAAUACUCUGUUAUUGAAUCAUUAAACCUUUCCAUGUUUUCAAAAAUGACUGUUCCAAUGAGAAGUGUAGCUGUAUCUGCAAAUGUAUGUACAACAUUACAUGAUACUCUAACACACAUUCAUAACAGCAAUCUUACAUUAGACAAUGAUGUUGGCCAGCUACUUUUGGAGUCUAUUAGGAAAAUAGAGUUUUUUAAUGAUAGCUAUAUUGCAACUAAGAAAGCUAACUGUGUUGGCCUAAUUAUUGCGGCGAUGUGCCGAGGUGUUAAUGAGGAAGAUGCGAAAGCCUUAUUAAAUGAUCAAACGGCUAAGAUUAUAAACCAAAUAGCGGAAACAGAUGAACCUUACUUAAGAACGUUUGAGAUAUUGUCGCUGGCAAAUAUAUACAAGUACACUCUACAAGCAUCCUUUUUUUCUACUAUACUUGACGUUAUAAAAACUUUAAUCAAAGACCCUCAUCCAGUUGUUCAUUAUUGGUCACUUAAGGCUUUAAAUAUAUUCCUAGAAAAACACUAUCAGCUAGACACGUCAGAAACUGGUACUAUUUUAGAGUUGCUGGAUGAGAUUCUCCUAACAGAUAAAUAUGGGAUUUUUGGUUCUUCAAUAAUAAAUGCCAAUUACUUUAGUGAAUACAACAGCCAUCAUUUAGUGGGUGAAAUUACUUGCACCAUCACUGAGAUACUUGGACCAAAUUUAUCAUUCUUAAAUGAAAUCGAAAGUGAAAUAUUUAAAGAAUUAUCUGUCUCCUUAUUGCUUUCGAAUGAUAUUGUAUCACAAUAUAUGGCGCUAAAAAUUUACGAAAAUAUAUCGACAUUCAAAGUUGUUGGUCUUCUAAAAGAUAAUUUGUUUAUUAAAAUAAUUACAGAUAUAUUGGACAACAAUAUUUCCAUUGGUAUUGGAUCAAAUGUAUUCAAUUCAGCUCUAACUAUUAAUAACGAAGUAUUCCCUAGUUCUGCUAGUACCACAGCUUGCUUGAAAGUUCUGGAAAUUGUUACACAAUUGAUUAGGUUACAGAAGGGCAGCUUGCUUCCCGAGAAGCUUGAAGUUGUUACCUGGCGUAUCCUCAAUUUAUUCCCAUCGAAUGAAAUAGUCAUAUCAUAUUUCGAGGAAUAUCUGCUGAAUACCAUGUCGGAGAUUCCGAACUGGCUGGCAAAGCUAGUUAAGAUAUUUAACACUUCCGCCGACAGGCUAUUUGAGGAUUCUAACAUUGCCAAAAGAGCACAGAAAUUAGAUAAGGAUAGCGAGAAUUAUAAAUCCAAUAAGGAAUACAGUGAAGGAUUCGCAAAUGAGGUAAAUGAAACUAGUGGAAAAGAAGUUACCAACGAUCAUAUUCAUUGGCGUUUUAGGAAAGUGCUAACGAGAAUGAUAUUACAAGUUUGUCAUGAAGGCUUCAGCUCAGAUUCUAUACAGGAAAAUAUCCGAGAACAAAUACCAACUUUGAUCAAGUUAGCUCAUCAACUAUCAUCUAUUUCCAAUGAAGAAAUGAGAUUAGGAGGUCUUAAUAUCAUCAAGUUAUUAUUAACAAGAUAUGCAUACAUUAAAGACGCAGAUACAAAUGACUAUGUAUUGGGAAUUCAAGAGGCACAGAUUACAAGUGCAAUAAUGCCAUCAUUUAAUUGGGGUAGUUCACCAGAGGUUAUUAGACUUGCCAUUGAAGUUGCUGGUGACUUGAUAACUUCUGAUGUAAUCCCACUAGGCAACCUCCCCAGAGUUUCUAAACUGUUGGUAUCUGGACUGUCGUUUUUCUCGGACUCUACAACCAAUAUGAAAGUGAUGGGUAUUGAGGUGCAAACUCAAAAAGCCAAAAGAAAAAUUGAGUUGGGUAUACUCAACGCAUGGGCUGACAUUGUUCAAACUGCUUACGUAAACGAAGAUAAGGAACUAAUAUCAUUCUCAAAGGAAUAUUGGCCUAUUCUUGUGCCUCUUUGGAUUGUUUCAUUGAGAGAGUAUAUCAUGAUUAAAUAUGAAGAGGAAAAAAAGCAAGUUACAAAAGAAACGUCACAAUCUGGAUCUGUUAAUAAAAAACAAUUAUAUGACUCUGUUUGGUUGAACUUCAUUCAAGGAAUUAGCUGUGUAAUGGAGCAUGAUCUAUCGGUAGUUUUAAAAUCUUUGGAUGAAAAUGAACUCGAAGGAUUCACAUAUAUCCUGGUAAUUCAAUGCUUUGAAGAGAUCGUAAGAAACAUCGACAACUCCUUAGUCAAGUUAGAUGUUUUAAGAGUAUUGAGUUGUAUAUUGAAAUGCCCUCUACCUUUAGAUUUUAUUUUUGAAGAGGACCUGAAUACUGAGAUUACAGAUAUCUUGAGUAGGUUAGUAACUACAGGCAGUCUUCAAGAGAAAACUUUUCUAAUUGAGAUUUUAGAUAGUCUAAUGAAAAAGUACAUCUCAAUUAAUGAUACUCAUGAACUGUUUCUAAGUGGGAUUGAUAAAAUGUAUGAGCUUUUAAGGCUUAUUAUGCUAAUUAUAAAAGACCUCCUACCAUUUGUUCAACAUACAGUAUCAGAAACUACUAAUUCGGGGAAAGAGUUGAACAGCAUGGAAGUAAACCUGCUAAGAAAAACGUUUAAAGUUUUAGAACAGAACAUUCCUUCAUUUGAUGCAAUAUUUAAGCUCGACUUAUAUGCAUGCCUGCUAUUCGUUAUUGGACGUAUAUUUCUUUCAGAUUCAAAUGAAGCAUUGGUGCCAGUGAUACUACCUCUUUUAAAGUCAAUUAUAACAGACCUUGUUAAGUCGAAUGAACAAAAAAUGCUAGACAUAUUUUAUUUUUCUCUUGAAGAACAGUUGGUAAACUCUAUUACAUCAGAAUCAUCAAUGGCUACGUAUUUAUUAAUGAUAACAAAUGGUUACAAUUCCAUCGCCGAGAGUACCUUAGAUACAAUUGCUGACCACUUGAUAGCUGGCCUAAAGGAUGAAAAUAGCAUUGAUUUAACUGCUCAUGCUAUCAGAAGCAUUCUCAAACAAAGCAAUAGUCUUCCCGCUUGCUCGUAUCUAACAAGAAAGUUAUUACCUUUGAUGUAUAAUGAUGUGGUUAAGGGAAGUAUUAACUCUGUGUCUGCAAAUAUUAUAAUAAGUCUUGUGGUAUACUUUGCAACAACAAUUUCUAAAGAUGAAAAGACUAGCUUUUCCAAAAGUGUGUCAAUAGCAAUACUUUUCAUCAUUGCACAUGCUAAAAGUUUCCCCAACCACAAGGAUAUAGCAAUUCGUGAAUUGAACAGAAUUGUAAGUCUAGAGCCUACUAUAGUGAAAGAAAUAAUUGCAUCCUUAAAUGACGAUCAAAAAGCAGCGUUGGAUACUAUGGCUGGAUUAAAGACAGAUAUCAAACAACCUGCCAAUGACCAUACUGUUAAUCUCAAGAGUUUUGCUCGGUAA